AUGCCGUGCUGUAUAUUACCACUCAGCAAGAAUCGUUGCUGGGAAACAGACGGCUGCAUAUGCAUUGCUACUGAAGGAAAGCCUUGCAUUUGCGUGUUUCUCGACAGUAUGAAAAAUAUAAACAAGUGCGAAGACUGUCAAUGUGAUGCCACGGACACCAGCAACUGUCGCUGCAACAAGGAUAACUGCAAAUGUAUCUCUACGAAUGGCGCAGAGUACAUUUGCGUCUGUGUUAAUGAAUCUGGUGAUUUCAUACGUUGCGAUGACUGCAACUGCAUCCCUACAGAGAGCGGCAUAAGUAAAGCAUGCAUCAGCAGCAAAUGUGACAAAAAGGGAUGCGUCUGUUUAAAGGCAAACGGUAAAGAAUGCCUCUGUGUCUGCCUCGACGAUAAGGGCAAUAUUCAAACUUGCGAUGAUUGUGAAUGUGAAACGGAUUUCAGUAAGAAAUGCAGUAAGCCCAAAUGUGUUUGCAUUCCAACUGACGGUGCUGACUGCAUUUGCGUGUGUGUCAACGAAAGCGGUGAAUUUAAACGUUGCGAUGACUGCAACUGUAUCCCUACAGAGAGCGGCAGUAGUAAAGCAUGCAUCAGCAGCAAAUGUGACAAAAAGGGAUGCGUCUGUUUAAAGGCAAACGGUAAAGAAUGCCUCUGUGUCUGCCUCGACGAUAAGGGCAAUAUUCAAACUUGCGAUGAUUGUGAAUGUGAAACGGAUUUCAGUAAGAAAUGCAGUAAGCCCAAAUGUGUUUGCAUUCCAACUGACGGUGCUGACUGCAUUUGCGUGUGUGUCAACGAAAGCGGUGAAUUUAAACGUUGCGAUGACUGCAACUGUAUCCCUACAGAGAGCGGCAGUAGUAAAGCAUGCAUCAGCAGCAAAUGUGACAAAAAAGGGAUGCUUCUGUUCAAAGGCAAACGG